ACCGUGGCGACGUAGUGCGUUUACGGCGGCACGUCCGAAAGUGACGUCAGCGCAGCAUCCUGCGAUACAAAGAAGAAGACGGUAUCAAUGGCUGACAUUUCUCUGUGUCUCACCAACGUCAGUGUGUCCGUGGGUCGGACUAUGGAUGCGGGACAGAGUCAGAGCCCACACCCGGGGAAGAAGGACUUUGAGAGCGUGGAGCUGGGCCAGCUGGAGAAGAAAGACGAGGCUCCGCAGAGGGAGAAGGCUCCCCGCCGGAUAAUCCACUUCUCCAGCGGGGAGACCAUGGAGGAGUACAGCACGGACGAGGAGGAGGGAGAGGACCAGGAGGCGGAGAGGAAAGACCUGCUGUCCCCACCUGUCGAUGCGGUGAGGUCCAAGAUGACCUGGGGGCCAUAUUUCUGGUUCCACAUGUGGAGAGCUGCCACGUCCACCAUCUCAG